AUGCAUCUUCUCCCCGAACCGGAGCUCUACCGGCUUCUCCGCCAGUUAACACCAGAACUAAGCCAUGACUUCCUCGAGGCACUCUCCUCAUCUCUGGUGACACUGUCCGCCGAGUCCACACUCCCCGAGCCAGAAAGACAAAUCCGGCAGCCCCUCAGAACUCACAUCGUAACCAAAGACAAGAACCUGUCCCUCUUUAUGCCCGUCGCCAACACGUCCAGCACGGGCAUCAAGGUCGUAACCGCCUCGCGCGAUGGCAUUAUCGGGGUAAUCAACGUGUUUUCUCCCGAUGGCAGGCUCCUCGGCCUCCUGAGCGCCGCCGAAGUCACUGCUUUCCGGACUGCGUUGGCCGUGAUGACGCUGUUCGUUCGGUGCGAGUCACUGGAGAAAGAAAAUAUCGUCAUUUUCGGCUCGGGACGACAGGCGGAGUGGCACGCCCGGCUGGCGUUGCUGCUUGUUCCGGGCGGCAUUAAACGGAUCACGGUCAUCAACCGUGGCCGGAAACGGUUGGAAAGCAUGGAGAAGGAAGUCUUUCAGGACCUGAGAUCGAAGUACCCGGGUUUGGUCGUUGAGGCGCUUGCGAAGGAGGGCACGUCCGAUUACGAUGAGAGACUCAAGUCUGCACUGGCCGCUUCCGAUGUCAUCUUUAGUUGCACGCCCGCUACGGAGCCGAAUUUCCCUUAUUCCUAUCUCGUCGGGGGAGAAGGAGGAGCGCAGAAGCGGCGCUUCAUCUCUCUUAUCGGUUCCUAUAAGCCGCAUAUGAAGGAGAUCGAUACCGAUACCCUUCUUUCCGGUGCGGGGAAGAAGAUCUAUGUGGACUCCGCGGAGGCUUGCUUGGAGGAGUCCGGGGAGCUGAUCAGUGCACAGGUCAAGGAGGAUCAGUUGGUUGAGAUCGGGGGGCUUUUCGGUCGUUUGGGCCUAUCGGGGACUGUUGAUGUUCCGGAUGGGUGUAAUGUUGUCUUUAAGUGUGUGGGGAUGGGGAUUAUGGAUUUGGUUAUUGCGAAGAAGUUGCUGGAUCUUGCGCAGGAGAAGGGGUUAGGGAUGGAUGUUGAUGGGUUUUAG